GUCGGUAGCAAGAUAGAGGUGUUGGUGGUCGUGUUUGACAGUUCCAAGUGUUUUGUCAUGAGAUAAAGCCCAUAAACUAUUCAAAACCAAUAUGGGUGUCGUGGAAGGUGAAAGUUUACGGCCUAAGGGCCUUGGGGUCCGGCAUGCACAGACCUUCCUUCUAUUCAUGGCCAUGCUACUGGCUUUCUCCAUGCGCGUCAACAUAAGCAUGGCUAUCGUCGACAUGACCAAUGAUAAAAAUGAAACGUAUUUCGACUGGAGCUACAGUAUCCAGUCCAUGGUUCUCUCCUCCUUCUUCUGGGGCUACGUGAUCCUUCAGAUACCUGGAGGUGUGCUCGCGAGGAAAUUCGGAGGAAAAGUGCUGAUCACGAUCUCUAUUGGCGUGAACUCUUUGCUGUCUUUAUUGAUGCCAUUUUUAGCUAAAAUUGGAGGUUGGCAAUUAGUGAUCCUUUGUAGAACUCUUCAGGGUCUGACACAAGCUUUUGUUUAUCCUUCCAUGCACCAUUUAGUAAGCCAGUGGGUUCCACUAGAAGAAAAGGGCACACUCACCACUAUUAUUUAUGCUGGAGCUCAGCUCGGAAUUGCUCUACAACUGAUAGCGUCAGGCUUCCUGGCAGAGGCUUGGGGUUGGCAGGCGAUCUUCUACGCGACUGGCAGUUUGGGGAUGGUGUGGACAGUGGUAUACAUUUUCAUUGGUGGUGCUUGCCCAGAAGACUCGAAGUUGAUAUCGCAAGAGGAGUUACUGUAUAUACGAACCUCGUUAGGAAGACUGGGCGAACCAAAGCGCUUCCGGACUCCUUGGUCCAAAAUAUUCCUUUGCUUACCGUUUUGGGCGGCCGUGGUCGGCCACUGCGGUCAGAAUUGGGGCUUCUUCACCCUUAUGACUGAAAUGCCAACGUAUAUGGCUAAGGUGCUCGAUGUUAAUUUAACAAAGAACGGUGUGCUGUCUUCAUUACCGUAUUUAGCGAUGUACGCUUUGAGCUUCCCCAUGGGAAUUAUGACGGAUUUAAUCGUCAGGAAGGAUUGGCUUAGUGUAUCGAAUACCAGGAAAUUAUCUAACUCCAUAGGUCUUUGGGGUCCAGCCAUUGCUUUGAUAGGUCUAUCUUACAUACCUGAAGGAAAUAUGACACUCGCGGUGAUCAUGCUGACAGUAACCGUUGGUAUAAAUGCUGGUCAAUACACUGGAUACAUGCUUGUAUUCAUCGACCUGGCACCGAACUUCGUGGCAAACCUUAUGGGCAUAUCAAAUUUCGUAGCAAACAUCGUGUCUAUUAUAGCUCCUCUAGUAUGCGGCUUUAUUAUCAAAGAUGAAUCCGACCCAGCGGAGUGGAGAAAGGUUUUCUUCUUGGCUUCAGCUGUGUAUUUCUUCACCAAUCUAUUCUUCAUUCUAUUCACCACGUCAGAUAGACGACCGUGGAAUGACCCUGAAGAAGAGGAUGUGGAAACAAAACAAGAUACAACAAAGGCAUCGGAAAAGGAAAGCACCGUUCAUAUGUGAAGAGAGAAGUACAAGCCAUCAAUUGUUAUUUAUUUUUGUACCUGACUGUGAUGACAUAGUGUAAAUAU